GGAGGUGGGAGGCCCAUGGACACUGCCCCACUGCUCACUGCCCUCUCUCCAUCAGCUCUCCUGGUGUACCGGGUGUUCAGGAACGAGGCCAGGCGCUCCACCAAAGCGCUGCACGCACUGCUGCACGGCCUGGCACUGCUCAUCGCGCUCGUUGGCCUCGUGGCCGUCUUUGAGUCGCACCGUGCCAAGGGCAUCUCCAACAUGUACAGCCUGCACAGCUGGUGCGGGAUGGCUGCCUUUGUGCUCUACCUCCUGCAGUGGCUCCUGGGCUGUGGCUUCUUCCUGGUGCCUGGUAUGUCCUUCUCGCUGCGUGGCCGUUACAAACCCCAUCACGUCUUCUUUGGCAUUGCCCUCUUUGCCUUCUCCAUCGCCACCUGUCUGUUGGGCAUCACCGAGACGUUGCUCUUCAACAUCAGGGACUCCUACAGCCACUUUGUGCCAGAGGGAGUCCUGGCCAACGUGCUGGGGCUGCUGCUGGUGGCCUUUGGGUUGGUGGUGGGCUACGUGCUGACACGGGAUGACUGGAAGCGGGCACCGCUGGCCGAGGAGAUGGCCCUCUCCAUGGACUUCAAGACACUCACAGAGGGCGAGAGCCCUGGAGGCAGCCAGUGAGGCCCCCAGCUGCCCAGUCCUGGUGGAUGUUGGAUGUUUCUGUGUGCCCCAGCUCCGUGCCCAGUAUUGGUGAGCAGAGCCUUUGCUCGGGGCUCCCUCUGCAUCUCCUGCUCUAUGUGUGGAUGGAGGUGCCACUACAUAUAGCGUCCCCAGGCUCAGCGUUUCCCUACUGCCAACCUCCAAAGCCCAUUCCCACCUCUUUGUGCCAAGCAGCAGAUUGGAUGCGUCCCAUCACCAACAUUUCUACGUGUUCUCAGCCCACACCCUCCAGGGCUGCAGCCACCGAAGUUCCCCUGCAGCUCCAAGCAAUGCCACAUCUGUGCAAUUUAACGUCAGUGUGUUCAAAAUGUUUUCCCCUCUUGUGCAAUGUGUUGUCUGCAAAGUGAACGCUCCUGCCUUAAUAAAUAUUUGCAGCUAACCCUGUCUCUCACUCA